AUGAAGAUUUAUGCGGUUAUUCUGAUACUGGUGUCUGUUGUCUCGGCUCACUACGUCUUCCCUUCCGUCACCUACAAUGGCAGGACCACCAACGACUGGGAAGUCGUUCGCAAGACGACAAACUUCCAGUCCAACGGACCUGUCACAGAUGUAACCAGCUCACAGAUGACAUGCUACCAGCUCGCGCCUGGCAAUGAGGGAGCCACGAUCCUUGAUGUCACAGCCGGGUCAACCAUCGGGUACAACGCCAAAGCAUCCAUUUCCCAUCCCGGGCCCAUCAACUUCUACAUGGCCAAGGCGCCAUCCGGAACAAGCAUCAUCAACUGGGACGGCUCCGGCAAGAACUGGUUCAAAAUCUACAGUGACGGCCCCACAGUCACUUCCAGCGGCUUAACGUGGCCGACGAAUGGCAAGACAGCCAUCAACGUACAGAUCCCAAAGUGCAUCGAGAACGGCGAAUACUUCCUCCGUGUCGAACAUAUCGCUCUGCAUAGCGCCAGCAGUGUCGGGGGUGCCCAGCUAUAUAUCUCUUGCGCUCAGGUCCGGGUCACGGGCGGCACGGGCACGUACAAGCCGAACCUCGUGUCUUUUCCAGGCGCUUACAGUCCCAACGACCCCGGCUUGGUUGUUAAUAUCUACUACCCUGUACCUACUGACUACAAAGCUCCUGGAGGUGCAGCUUUGACGUGCUGA